AUCCUUGUUCUCCCCUUCUGGUGCUGCAGGAACAGGUGUUGUUCCUCGCUCUUGCCGGCAGGUGUCGCCAUUUAGCUGCUUCCUUCACCGCAGGUUCUAUGAUUUACUAUGGCAAAUGAUCAUUCCGUCGCCUCUAAUCACAGUGAAUGAUUAUUAAUUAGCCAGCUGAGGCUUGUAGACAUUGAAAUGGCUUGAGGAUUAAAUACCAAGUAGUUAAACUACCAGCCGAGUGGAUGAUCGCCGGGCUGGGAUGUGAAGUAACGGCGGAGGCAGCAUCGACACUUGUGACUUUUUUUCUGGGAACGAUUCAGUCCAUCCGGUGAGUGAAGCUAUAACCGAUCACUGGAUUAAUAACUAGUCAAUGAACCCGCCAGGAGCAGUUUCGUCACAGCAAAGCGACACAGAACAAUGAAGCGCCAUGUCCAGAGCAGCCGCCCCCCGCAGGAGAUCACGGUGCUGGUGUCACCAGCCUCAGCUGCCUCUUAAACAUUAUCACCAGUGUAUAAACGGGCCUGUCUACUGUCAGGGCUCUGGUGGAGCAGACGUGAGGAGAGAGGCCAGCUGGAAGUCAUGGAGGAGGAGGUGAGCGUGGAGUAUUUACUGGAGCAGGUGAUGCACAACGACGCGGGGAAGAGGCUCCAGGUGGGCCAGGAGGUCACAGAGCUCAUCCUGGACGGGGAGAAGUCCCCCGAGCUGGAGCAGGACCAGGCCACGCUGGACAGGAUGGUGGAGGCGGUGGCCGGCUCCUGGGUCAACUCCAGCAACUUCAAGUUCCCUCAGUGUGUUCCCACCAUCUCCAGUCACCUGAUCCCUUCAUCCAGCAAGUAGAGGAAAUAGUUUGGGUGUUGAAGACGUCAGUUGAUGGAUUAUUAGUCGUCAGGUUUCUCAGCGUGUCAGAGUCGGAGCAGGAAGCUGCUGCAGGUUAAAUAUUAAAGAUAAUAAAGUCAUAUAAAGGUGCAGCAGCUGAUGUUUGAGCGGAGCUGCAGGUUCAGACUGGUUCAUAAGUGUUUCACUCUGACAGCAGCCUGCACACACAGAGGACUGGUGAAGGACAACAAGCAGAGGAUUUCAGCUCAUGGUUUUCUUCACAGACCUGGUCCAGACCCCAGAGAGAGUGAAGAAUCUGAGUAGAAAGUGUGUGUGAGCUGAUGUGGAUGUGAACUCAGCAGCAUGGAUCAGUGUGAGGACAGAGAGGAGGGAGCCCCUCCCUCUAAAACCACUCUGUGUGGGGAACAUGAGAGAAAGACCAGAGCUCAGAGAGACACACCACACUCUGCUGGACCUGGACCUGGACCUGGACCUGGACCUGGACCUGGAUCCAGCUGUGUGUCCAUGAAGAGCAACCGGUCCAUGGAUCUUCCUGUUCAUUUGAAACAAUCUGUUGAUGGAAGGAUCCAGCAGCAGAGACCAGACUCUCCUGAACCCAGCUGUCUGUCUUUAAAGAGCGACGGGUCUGUGGGCAGGAUCAUUGACUUUAAAGGGCGACGUCCAUCAGCUGAUCAGAUAGUGGACCAGGAGAGCUCAGAGGUUCCCAGGUCUCAGUCUGCCCAGCAGCAUCAAACACAGCUGGACUCCAUAUUUAUGCUGCUGGAGGAGAACAUGGUCACUUUUGUGAAGAACGAGCUGAAGAAGAUGCACAAGCUUCUGAGUCCAGAUUACCCAGAAUGCUCAGGGAGUCAGAGGGAGGAUGAGGAGGUGUUGGACGGUGAGGAUGAAGAGCAGAAGAGCAGCAGAGAGGCAUUUGUGAAGAUCACAGUGAACUUCCUGAGGAGAAUGAAGCAGGAGGAGCUGGCUGACUGUCUGCAGAGCAAAUCUCCUGCUACGUGCCGACCAAGACUCAAAUCUAACCUGAAGAAGAAGUUCCAGUUUGUGUUUGAGGGGAUCUCUAAAACAGGAAACCCGACCCUUCUGAAGCAGAUCUACACAGAGCUCUACAUCACAGAGGGAGGGACUGGAGAGGUCAUUGAUGAACAUGAGGUCAGACAGAUUGAAACAGCAUCCAGGAAACCAGUCAGACCAGAAACAACCAUCAGACAAGAAGACAUCUUUAAAGCUUCACCUGGAAGAGACGGACCAAUCAGAACAGUGAUGACAAAGGGAGUGGCUGGCAUUGGGAAAACAGUCUUAACACAGAAGUUCACUCUGGACUGGGCCGAAGACAAAGCCAACCAGGACAUACAGUUCACAUUUCCAUUCACCUUCAGAGAGCUGAAUUUGCUGAAAGAGAGAAAGUUCAGCUUGGUGGAACUUGUUCAUCACUUCUUUACUGAAACCAAAGAAGCAGGAAUCUGCAGGUUCGAUCGGUUCCAGGUCGUGUUCAUCUUUGACGGUCUGGACGAGUAUCGACUUCCUCUGGACUUCCACAACACUGAGAUCCUGACCGAUGUUACAGAGUCCACCUCAGUGGACGUGCUGCUGACAAACCUCAUCAGGGGGAAACUGCUUCCCUCUGCUCGCCUCUGGAUAACCACACGACCUGCAGCAGCCAAUCAGAUCCCUCCUGAGUGUGUUGACGUGGUGACAGAGGUCAGAGGGUUCACUGACCCACAGAAGGAGGAGUACUUCAGGAAGAGGUUCAGAGAAGAGGAGCAGGCCAGCAGCAUCAUCUCCCACAUCAAGACAUCACGAAGCCUCCACAUCAUGUGCCACAUCCCAGUCUUCUGCUGGAUCACUGCUACAGUUCUGAAGGAGCUGUUGAAAACCAGAAGGAGAGGAGGGCUGCCCAAGACGCUGACGGAGAUGUACAUCCACUUCCUGGUGGUUCAGUCCAAACUGAAGAACAUCAAGUAUGAUGGAGGAUCUGAGACGGAUCCACACUGGAGUCCAGAGAGCAGGAAGAUGAUUGAGUCUCUGGGAAAACUGGCUUUUGAGCAGCUGCAGAAAGGAAACCUGAUCUUCUAUGAAUCAGACCUGACAGAGUGUGGCAUCGAUGUCAGAGCAGCCUCAGUGUACUCAGGAGUGUUCACACAGAUCUUUAAAGAGGAGAGAGGCCUGUACCAGGACAAGGUGUUCUGCUUCGUCCAUCUGAGUGUUCAGGAGUUUCUGGCUGCUCUUCAUGUCCAUCUGACCUUCAUCAGGUCUGGACUCAAUCUGAUGUCAGAAGAACAAUCAACCUCCAAGAAGUCUGAACCAAGACGAGACGAAUCUACAGAGACACUCUUCUACCAGAGAGCUGUGGACGAGGCCUUACAGAGUCCAAACGGACACCUGGACUUGUUCCUCCGCUUCCUCCUGGGUCUUUCACUGCAGACCAAUCAGACUCUCCUACGAGGUCUGAUGUCACAGACAGGAAGUGACUCACAGACCAAUCAGGAAACAGUCCAGUACAUCAAGAAGAAGAUCGAAGAGACUCCCUCUGCAGAGAAAAGCAUCAACCUGUUCCACUGUCUGAAUGAACUGAAUGAUCGUUCUCUAGUGGAGCAGAUCCAACAGUCCCUGAGAUCAGGACGUCUCUCCACAGAUAAACUGUCUCCUGCUCAAUGGUCAGCUCUGGUCUUCAUCUUACUGUCCUCAGAAGAACAUCUGGACGUGUUUGACCUGAAGAAAUACUCUGCUUCAGAGGAGGCUCUUCUGAAGCUGCUGCCAGUGGUCAAAGCCUCUAAAACAGCUGUACUGAGUGACUGUAACCUCUCAGAGAGAAGCUGUGAAGCUCUGGCCUCAGUCCUCAGCUCCCAGUCCUCUAGUCUGAGACACCUGGACCUGAGUAACAACGACCUGCAGGACUCGGGAGUGAAGCUGUUGUCUGCUGGACUGGAGAGUCCACUCUGUUCACUGAAGACUCUCAGUCUGUCAGGAUGUCUGGUCACAGAGGAAGGCUGUGCUUCUCUGGCCUCAGCUCUGAGCUCCAACCCCUCCCACCUGAGAGAGCUGGACCUGAGCUACAAUCAUCCAGGAGCCUCAGGACUGAAGCUUCUGUCUGCUGGACUGGAGGAUCCAGACUGGAGACUGGACACUCUCAGGGCGGAGCCUGGUGGAGUCCGAUGGUUGACACCAGGUCUGAGGAAGUAUUCCUGUGAACUCACAAUCGACACAAACACAGUGAACAGACGGAUCAAACUGUCUGACAACAACAGGGAGAUGACACGUGUGGAGGAGGAUCAGUCAUAUCCUGAUCAUCCAGACAGAUUUGACUACUGGCCUCAGCUGCUGUGUUCAACUGGUCUGACUGGUCGCUGUUACUGGGAGGUCGAGUGGAGAGGAAGGGUUUUUAUAUCAGUGAGUUACAGAGGAAUCAGAAGGAAAGGAAACAGUAACGUUUCUGUGUUUGGAAGGAACGAUCAGUCCUGGAGUCUGAACUGCUCUGAUGAUCAUUUCACUGUCUGUCACAAUGACAGAGAAACAUAUAUCUCCCCCUCCUCCUCCGUCUCUCACAGAGUAGCAGUGUAUGUGGACUGUCCUGGUGGCUCUCUGUCCUUCUACAGAGUCUCCUCUAACAAACUGAUCCACCUCCACACCUUCAACACCACCUUCACUGAACCUCUGUAUCCUGGGUUUAGGUUUAGGUUCUGGUCCAAGUCUGGUUCCUCAGUGUCUCUGUGUUGAAUGUAGCAGAGAGAGAAACGUUCUCACUGUUGAACAGAUAGUUGAGUCUCUACAUGUCUGUCUCUUUCACUCACACACUAGUUUUCAGAUUCAUGUAUUAAUAAAUUAAGUUUUUGAUGAUUUAUCUAUCUAUCUAUCUUCUUGUCUUUUCACAAUAAAAGCAUCACUGAUAAUCUUUGUGUUUUGUCUGAAUCUGAGGACGACUGAGUCGAUUCAGUUCAAACUAAAACACUGUUACAGUUUGUUGGAAAAUUCUGAGAAAAGACAAAGACAGUCAAUGAAUGUUGUUGAGGCUCUCAGUGUUGAAGGUUUACAUUCAGAGAAAAGACUGAAAGGUCCUAAAAGAAGAGGUCUACAUUAACCUGCUUGAUCCUGAUCUUGUCAGAAAGUCCAACACUCAGAGGAAAGAAUGACAAGCUUCUAGAAAUGAUGUCUCCAGUCCCUCUGACCUAAUGUCUCACAGUGUUAGAGGACUCUUCAGGUGUUUUACAGUCAUGGUUUUGAUCCUCAGGUGAAGUGUGAAAUCCAACACCAAAAGUGAAGUAAAACU